UCGCUGUUCUGUUUACUUUCAGCGAACGCAAGUAGACAUGGAGAUAGACACCGGCUCGGGUAACACUCUGAUAGGAGAGGACACAUACAAAUCUCUACGGAUACGUCCCAGGUUGAAACCCAGCGCUCUCAGGUUGAGAACGUACACAGGAGAUGUGAUUUCAGUCCUGGGGGAAUUCAGAACUGCAGUAACUUACAAGGGCCAGAAGCAUGCUAACCUCAAGGUUGUUGUGGUACAAGGAAAUAGGACCAGCCUAUUGGGACGGGACUGGUUGAAAGCUGUCAAGUUAGACUGGAAGGAAGUGUGUGCUGUUGAGAAUGUGUCAGUAGCGGCGUUGAGAAGGAAGUAUGCGGAAGUGUUUGAACCAGGUCUGGGGGAGUUGAAGGAUGUGAAGCUCCGCCUGAACAUUGACCGAAGUGUGCAGCCCAAGUUUUUCAGAGCUCGUUCCAUGCCAUACGCCUAUAAGGAAAAGGUGGAGAAGCAGCUGCAAAAGGACGUAGAGUCUGGUGUACUUGAACAGGUAACGCACAGCAGGUGGGCCGCUCCGCUAGUUCCUGUCUUGAAAAAGGAUGGCACUGUCAGAGUAUGUGCUAACUUAAAGCUGACUGCAAAUAAGGCUGUGAAGUGUGACACAUAUCCGCUUCCGCGCGCGCAGGAUAUUUUCGCGCAGCUUGCUGGGGGACGAGUCUUCACUACGCUGGAUCUAGCACAGGCGUAUAACCAGGUCAUUGUGCAUGAAGACUCGCGCGAUGUACUGACGGUGAACACGCCGAAGGGGUUGAUGCGUUACUCUCGUCUGCCUUUUGGGCUCAAUUCGGCGGUCAGUCUGUUUCAGAGGGAGAUUGAGCGGGUGCUUCGUGACUUACCUGGUGUGGUGGCUUACCUGGACGACAUCCUGAUCUCCAGCAGAACGACGGAGGAGCAUCUGAAGACGCUGGACGACGUCCUCGGAAGACUGAAGAGAGCCGGGUUGAAGAUAUAUUCCAGACCGCAGUCAGAAGCUGGCGCCACUUCAUCUCCUCCUGCAGAAGGACGUGGCAUGGCGCUGGGGUGCAGAGCAGGCUGCCAGCUUCCAGUGGGCUCGUGACGUCCUCUCGUCUGGCUCCGUGUUGGGUCACUUCGCCAUCAACAAACGGCAAGUCCUAGUGUGUGAUGCCUCCUCUGUGGGAAUCGGUGCCGUUUUGGCUCAGAGGGAAGCUGAUGGGACUGAGAAGCCAGUGGGAUUCGUUUCUAGAAGUCUGUCCCCAUGUGAACGCAAAUAUUCUCAGAUCGAGAGGGAAGCAUUGGCAAUCGUUUUCGGGGUUACCAAGUUUCACGCGUACCUGGCCGGUAACAUGUUCUCGCUGGUCACCGACCAUAAACCUCUGGUGAUGUUGUUCGGUGAACAUGCUGACCUACCUGAGAUGGCGUCUUCCAGAAUCCGGAGGUGGGCGUUGAAGCUCUCGACGUACCGAUACGAGAUUCAGUACCGGCGGACUGAAGAGAUGGGCAAUGCUGAUGCCCUCAGCCGCUGUCCUCUGCCUGACUCGAACUCUUCGCAGGAGGAGGAUCUGGUGCUCCUGGUCGAUGAUCAACAGCUGUUUGACGCCAGGAAGGUAGCCCUCCUGACGUCUCGUGACCCGGUGCUGUCUCGGGUAAUGCGUCUUGUCCAGAGGGGUGGCUGGCCGCAGGUUACAGAUGCAGACCUGUCACCUUUUGCCUCGAAGCGUCUGGAGUUGUCUGUUUGUCGUGGAGUGCUGAUGUGGGGUCACCGUGUCGUCGUUCCCAGCAGGGCACGUGAAGCAGUCUUGAAGGAGCUGCAUGUGGCGCACCCUGGCAUCCGCCGCAUGAAGGCUCUGGCGAGAGGCUGUGUCUGGUGGCCUCAACUGGACCAGCAUAUUGAGCACAUCGUGAACUCCUGUCAAGCCUGCCAGGAAAGCCGACCUGCACCGGGACGUUCUCCAAUCUGCAUGUGGCCGUGGCCUGAGCGGGCAUGGUCGAGGAUCCACGUGGACUUCGCUGAGCCGAAGAAGGGAAGGUACGUCCUGAUCGUGGUGGAUGCUUAUUCCAAGUGGGUGGAGGCAGAGUGUUGUACCAGUGUCUGCUCCCAGACGACUAUAGCCAAACUGAGACAGAUGUUUUCAAGGUGGGGGCUACCGGACGUAAUCGUAACUGAUAACGCUUCAUCGUUCACGUCAGCAGAUUUUGAGAAGUUCGUGCGCCAGAACGGCAUUCAUCAUAAGACCAUAGAACCUCGCCAUAGUCAGGGGAAUGGACUAGCUGAACGUGCUGUACAAGAUGUCAAACUAGCGUUGCAGAGGUCGAACAGUGACUGGGAGACUACGCUAUCACGAUGGUUGCUUUGCCAGCGUAUCACCCCGCACAGCACAACUUCCGUAGCCCCCUCAGAGCUGAUGGUGGGGCGUGUCCUCCGAAGUCGCCUGGACCUUCUGCACCCGGACCUGCGAACUGAGGUGAAGAAACAGGUGAUCCAAAAGGAAAACCACGAUGCUAAGGUGAGCACUGGCAGGAGACUGGAUGUGGCUGAUCUAGUGUUUGCAAGGAACUAUGGUGUUGGCUCGAAGUGGGUUGCUGGUGUUGUCGUCGGAGUGGAUGGACCUGUGUCUUACGCUGUGGAGACUGAAGAUGGUAGGCUGUGGAGACGACAUAUCGAUCAGCUUCGGCAUAGGUCUGACGGCGAACUGUUUGCAGGACGUUCUGCGCUGACUUCGGAGCCCGGUGACAUUCCUGCGGAAGGAGGGCAGCCAUCUCGGAAUCCGACGGCGGCGCUGCAGCCGUCUCGUCCGGGGGAGUCUGGCUUGGACGCGUCGCUGCCGCCGUUCAGCACACCUGGAGCGGCGCCUAGCGCUCCAGCAGCAUCGCCAUCGUCUUCGGCGCCUGCUCCGUCGGAGCCCCGGCCUGAGGCAUCAGAGCUCGAGCCCGCGUGUGUCGCCGGCGACGCUGGUGCACGGACGGAAACCCCACUGCGUUCGGGGCUCGGAGUGGAGGCUGGUGCAGGUGUACAGUCUCGUGUGUUGGACGAGGGUGGUGGUGUUCGUCGCGGAACUAGAGUGAGAAAGCAGACUAAGUUUUUUGGUUCCUAGCUCUGUUCAUAUUACUUGUGUUUUGUGAGGGGGCAGUGUAGUGAACUAUGGUUCACGCCUCCCCCACCUGUGGCCUGAGUGCGCCGCUGCUCCUCCCUUAUCGGCCGUCCCUGUGUCCGUCCCUGCGCGGUGUCCGUCCCUGCGUGUCGCGGCGCAUGUGCCUCGGGCGGUUUUGUGUGGCCUGGCGCGGCGGCCGGUCGGCCGACCGCGCGGCAGUCUGCAGCUGGACCCAAUACAGCAAGGAGCUCGG